AUGGCAUCGAAAGUUAGAAAGGGAAGCAGCCCUAUCGACUUGUAUUAGUAAUAAAUGCUUCGAGCAUCAAAUCAGAGUCCAUCUAGCUUCAAUAAAAAACUUAAUCGUGGCAAAACCAGCAGCCCUGGAGGUGUUAUAAAGCCUGGGUUGUAAUUUAACAGCUAAUAGAACAGUAUAAAUCAACAACAAUAAUUGAAUAGAAAUUAUUAGUUGGAUUAAUAAAAAAAACUAAGUGUAGACGGAUUCUCCGAUUAUUCAUAGUCAAACUUACAAUAAAAACAUAACAGUAAUAGUACUAAAGAUAACACCAAGAUUACAAUCAUAAAUGCUCACAACAAUUCUAUCGCAUCAACAAUAUACAACAUCAAUGGGCCUUACAACAGCAAUAUCACAGUUAAUGAGUCAAAAAUAAAAAUUAAUGAUUAAUACAACUCAAGUGUAAAUGAGCAUCACUCAGCUUAAUAACUGAUUAAUCAGAAUAAUCAAAUACAUAAACCUCCAAUGAUCCCAUCUUUAAAGGCUAAGAUAUUUCAAACUGCUAUUGGAGGUGCUCCAACCACUUCAAAAUCUGGAAACAGAACAAAUGCUUUAACAGGAGUAACAGGAUUAACUUUCGAUGAUAAAAUAGCUCAUCCUACAAGUAGUGUCCUUGGUGAUAUACACAAAGGUAAUUUUUCCAGAGCUGGACCUGGUAGUAUUAGUAACUUGUAUGUACCAAGUAUGGGACCUCUUCUGACGAGUCCUCAUUAUCCAGAAGAAGUAAUAUUUUAGUCAGAUAUAAAAAGUAUUGUUGAGUUCAAAAGAAGAGAAGAAUAGAUGGUUGAAGAGUUUGCUUGCUCCUAAUGUCCUUAUAUGCAUUUAAAUCAUAGCCUAAUGAUAGACUAUUAAGAUCGAGACAAUAUGAAGAAGCGAAUAGUGUUCUCUAGCCUUGAUGAGUUGGAUAGGAGUGUAAGUGAUAGGAAUUUAAUGAAUAUAAGAGAUAAACAUAAGUAAAGUUUCGAAGAUUGGCAGAGAGAGAUAUCAAUGAAGUGUCAAAGAAAUAAAUAGCUAUAAUUCUAAUGA